AUGUACAACGUUAAAGCACGGCACGAUUUAAAUGACUCCUUGACAACAACACUUGAGAUAUUUGCCAUAGAGAUUGCCAAUGAAGCGCAGUCUAAAAACAUUGUUGUUGUUGUUGCUUACCGACCACCUUCGUGUUCUGUUGGAACUUUUUGCGAAUCAAUCGAUGAUGUCCUGACACGUUUAAAUGAAAAAAAUAAACACAUCGUGGUCACAGGAGACUUCAACAUAAACUUAACUGACGAUAUAAACAGCAAUAAUAACCAACUGCAACAAAUCAUGGAUCUGCACGGUCUUUGUAAAUUAAUAAAUCUCCCCACCAGAAUAACAGCAAACAAACAAUCAGUUAUUGACAACAUAUUUGUAGAUGGCUCGUUGAAUGUGUGCUUGCAAGGAGUGUUGGCCUGUGAUUUGUCUGAUCAUUUGCCGGUCCUCACACAAAUUUCUUUCAGCAAACAAGUAAAAAAAGAAAAACUCAUCGUAGUUCCUUCAACAAAAUUCUUGUUCUCAUCAAAUCGAAUCAGCAACUUAAAUAAACGACUUUGUGAAAUUGAUUGGACCGACGUAUAUGAUUGUUGGGAUGUCGAAAUGGCUUGGGUAAAAUUUGUCGAGCUUUUCAAAUGUUGUAUGAUAAAAUGCUGCCAAGUAAGUAAUAAUAAAAUUAAUAAGAUCAGCAAACAAAAGCCAUGGUUCAAUAGUGAAAAUAAAAAGAUACUGAAAGCUAAAAAUCGACUGUUUAAAAAAUUCCUUAAAAACCCAAAUGAUGAAAACAAUAAUAACUAUAAAUCUGCAAAUAAAAUUUAUAAAAAAAUAAAAAACAACGCAAAGAAACAGUAUUUCCAUAAUAUUCUAGAAAAUAACAAACAUGAUAUGAAAAAAUCAUGGAAAAUUAUGAAUGAUGUUCUGAGGAGAUCAAAUAACGACUCAAAAAGUAAUAAUAUACAUCUGAAAAGAAAUGGCCAGAUUGUAAAUGAUCCAGAAAAUGCUCUAAAUGAUCACUUUGUUUCUAUCGCCGAGAAACUUAACGUAAAUUUUGUUAAAACUUUUGAAUAUAAAAAAUCAAUGAAAAACAGUAUUCAAAAUUCAAUGUUCAUAAGUUCAGUGACAACGUCAGAGAUAAACUAUCAAGAUCCCUGGGCGCCAUCAACAGAAUCAAAUUCUUUCUACCAAGACGCUCUCUAA